CUUGUGUCGGUGUCGUGCUGCGCAUCGCACACAUAGCCUCUUUCUUCUCUACGAGGUACGCGAAGUAACAACAACAACGAUAAAUCAACCAUGGCCGGGGGACCCGCGGAGAUGAAGGUGCUGGGCAUGUUAUGGAAGCAAGCGGCGACCGGCGUCGCCAUCGGCGCGUCGGCGGCCUUCGUGUACUACCAGGGCGUGACCAAGCAAGACGGGAUCAAGAUCGAGGGGUAUUACACCAAGCAAGACACAGCCGCCAAGCAGUAACAAGGAGAGAGAAAGGCAGCCACACCUACUCACUUGCUAUUAUAGCAGUUCCAAUACCAAUGACGGCAGAGUCGUGCUUUCUAUGGGUGUGCUCGCUGGGGUUGCGCGUCUCUGUUAGUUUAGUCUGUUGUUGUCUCUACAUGCGUCCGGUGAUGCUGCCGUGAGGCGACUGUCCUUGUAUUAAUCUGGUGUUUUGUGCGUAGAGGGAAGGCAGAGGCCGGCUCGUCCUGGAGAAGCAAGGUUCGCGCGUACCGUGGGAGGAAAAAUGUCGGCGAAGGGCGUGCGCGUCGGUACUGCUGUAGGCGAUUGUCCCGCGGCUCGAGGGUUGGGGGAUUCCACCGGUUGGAGCUGCUCGUGUUUGUAUGGGGAAAAAGUUCGGAACCAACGGUAGCAAAGGAUCUCGGGCGCCCCUUUGGCCGUCAUUCGCGCAAGCGAGGCUGAAAGUCGUGUUUUCUAAAGACGUGGGGACAAGUGUCCUUUGAACGUUGCUUGCAACGAUGCCUACAAGACGGAAAAGUCAAAAACACGAAUGAGAGGGGACUCUUUGGGGGGCUCUGUUGAAUGCCGUCCAUGUGAUCAUCUCCAUUUGAUACACCUACUUGUUUUGCGCGUCGAUCGUCACGCAACGAACUAGGUAGCAAGCAUUGUCUUGGGUACGACACGGGGCAAGGACGGACGUGUGACGCGUGCCCUAAGCCCAAAAUUGUUCGCCUUGGAGGUAGCGAUUACUUCGAAGCUUUACUCUAUGGUGGGUGGUGUGCCCAAGACACGAGAUCGGUUCCGAUGGCAAGCAACGCGUACUUCCAAGUGCAUAAUCAAGGCAUCUAAUCAAGACAUUUACCAAGCCUCCAAAGAGUGGGUGAC